CGGUACAAAUUCGCCAAAGAGCAUGCAGGCAGUCGCUUGCUUUAUUUUGAUUACGCCGGUACGCGUUGUUCUCGUUGCGCUUUUGUGUUGUGGCGUGGCGUGGCUUGGUGUUGUUUGCUUUGUUUUCACAAACAAAACACGAAGAGUGCAUUCAACCGCACAAACAAACACUUACAAUAAACGCGCAUACAAAGUGGUUUAUCAACUCGAACAAGUGCUUGCACACUUCUGCCUAGCAUUUCACUAUAAAGUAUAAAUAUAGUAAUUAAUUUUAGUAAUAAAUAUAUAUAAGUAUAAGGUCAAGCGGUGUACGCGUAUAACGCCCGCGUUGCCAUAGAACUUUGCGUGCGUGAACAAUGGUGGACUCCACUAGCGUGCUGCUCGUGUUCGUCACCGUGCUGACAGCUGUGUUCGUUUGGUCGCGACGUACAUAUGUCUACUGGCAGCGGCGCCGUGUCAAGUUCGUGCAGCCCGUACAUCUGCUGGGCAACCUGAAAGACGUGCUGUGGCUGCACACUUCAUUUCCGUUGCUGCUGCGCGACUACUACUUCGACGCACAAUUCAAAGACGAGCCGGUGGUGGGCAUUUAUUUGUUCCACCAGCCGGCGCUGCUGAUACGCGAUCUCAAUUUGGUGCGCACCAUUUUGGUGGAGGACUUUGUCAGCUUCUCGAUGCGCUUCUCCAAGUGCGACAAGCAUGUGGACAAGCUGGCGGCGAACAGUUUGUUCUUCGUGCGCAAUCCUGAAUGGCGUGAGAUACGGACGCGGCUUUCGCCGGCAUUCACCAGCGGUAAGAUCAAGCAGAUGUUUGCACUCAUGGAGGAGGUGGGAUGUGAUCUCGAGGCCUAUUUGCAGCGUCUCACGGCCAACGGCAAUCAGCGCCGCAACGCUGUGGUGAAUGUCAAGGAGAUUUGCGAUCUCUACAACACGGAUCUGAUCGCCAGCAUAGCGUUCGGCCUGCGCUCAUACAGCUUGCGCAACAAACAGACGGAGCUGGGCAGCAAUUGUAGCGAAGUGUACACGCUCACCUUUACGCGCGUCAUCGAUUUGUGUGUCAUCUUCUUCCUGCCCAAAUUCGUAUCGCUUUUGCGGCGCCAUCUCUUGCCACCGGCACAUGCGGACUUUUUGCGUCGCACCGUGUUGCAGGUGAUUGAGGAGCGCGAACGCAAUGGCAUACUACGUAAUGAUCUCGUGGAAAUGCUGCUGACGCUGAAGAUGGAGGCGGCGCUCAAUCAGGAUCGCACGCAUUUCACGCACCAACAAGACUAUUUGGUCGCGCAGGCGGCCAUGUUUGAGCUGACGGGCAUCGAAAGCUGUGCCAUGACCAUGACAUUUGCGCUGUAUGAGCUGGCCAAGCAACCGCUAUUGCAAGCGCGUUUGCGCGCCGAAAUACGACAGACGCUGGGUGAUGCGCAAGCGCAUGCCAUUACUUAUGACAAGGUGCAGGGUAUGCGUUACCUGACGAUGGUGGUGGAUGAGACGCUGCGCAAGUAUCCGAAUGUGCCGAUUUUGGAGCGCGAAUGCACGCCCAUCAAUAAGAAGCGUUUCGUCGCGCUGCGCCCAUACGCGGACUGCUUUGUGCGCCGCGGCAUGCCCGUCUACAUAUCGAAUUUAGCGAUACACCAUGACCCACAGUAUUGGCCCGAGCCGGCGCGCUUCGACCCCGAACGCUUCUCGCCGGAGAACCGCACACUACACAUGCCUAUGUCGUAUCUGCCCUUCGGCGCCGGUCCGCACAACUGCAUCGGCAUGGCCAUAGCGCAGAUGCAGAUCAAACUUGGCCUCAUACAUUUUCUGCACACUCAUCGUGUGGAGUUUUGCGAAAAGACUGUCGACAACAUCGAAUUCGAUCGGAAGUUUCUGUUGUUGUCGAAUAAAAGCGACAUCUAUCUGAGCGUCGAGCGCUGCUUGUGAUGCCGCGCAGAGAUGACAGGAGCGGCUCGCGCGUCACACAACUUUGUGCUUAUCAGUUAAUACUUCAGCCGAUAUCUUAAACAUGCGCGCUUUCUUAAAUCCCGCAGCGCGUUUGCUUACCUCAAGCAGCCUCCGCGCGCGCUGUUUGUGCGCGCUGAAUGAACUAGAGCAGAAGAAUUUCUAUUAGCCUUUUUAAACCAAAA